CGGUAGUGCAAGGCAUUGUCCAACGUUGAAUUGUGGUGAGAUUUGUGAAAUAAUAAAUUUAGAGAGAUGUCUGCAGCUACAAUGCCAGGUACUCCAGAACAUUCUUAUAUUUUAAACCAGUAGAAGUUGUAGGUACAAAGGAAAAUGAAGUUUGCAACUAGUCUGUUUUCUUCUCUCGUCGCCCAAAACUCAGGCAGUUAAUACGUUAAAUUUCAAAACUCAUUUUCGUUUUCUGAUGAAAGAGGUUGUUUGUUUGUAUAGGCAACGAGUUAACAACUGAUUGCGCUCCUUUUUCGUCGGUAAAAGUCCAAAUGGUAGUUGUGGAAUAUCCCCGCAUGAGUGUCUUGUCUGACUUCGACAUUGGGAAGAAGCUUGGCCGUGGGAAGUUUGGCACGGUUUUCUUAGCUAGAAAGAAAACAUCACACUUUCCAUGUGCACUAAAAGUAUGCUUCUUCAGGUGUUACGCGUAACCAACUUUUCAGGUUAUUUUCAAGAAGCAAUUAGUAAAAAGCAGGAUGGAGCACCAGAUACAACGUGAAAUUGAAAUCAUGUGCCACUUGGAGCAUCCUAACAUUCUACAACUAUAUACUUACUUUCAUGAUCACAAACGGAUAUACUUGGUUCUCGAGUAUGCUUUUAUGGGACAAAUGUUCAAUGAGCUUCGAAAGCUGGGACGCUUUAGUGAGGCACGUUCGGCUACUGUAUGUUCUGCUUUUGCUGUUAUUCUCUCAGUAUAUUUACCAGCUUUGUGAUGCUUUGAUAUACUGCCACAAAAAGAAGGUGAUUCACCGUGAUAUAAAGCCUGAGAACUUGCUCUUGGGUUUGUAUCAUGAGCUUAAACUGGCAGACUUUGGAUGGGGAGUACAUGCUCCAUCAUUGAGGAGAAGAACACUUUGCGGGACAGUAGAUUAUUUGGCUCCAGAAAUGAUUUGUGGGACUUCCCAUGAUGAACAUGUAGAUCAUUGGACCGUUGGUAUUCUGUGUUACGAGAUGCUGUGUGGUAAACCUCCAUUCGAACGUCCUAGUUCUCAAGAGACUUAUGCUUGUAUCAAAGCUGUGAAAUAUACGUUCCCUUCUGUCAUAACGCCUUUGGCACAGGAUCUGAUUUCCAAGAUCCUCAAACGUAAUCCAACUGAUCGCCUGUCCUUAGAAGGUAUCAUGUCUCAUCCGUGGGUCCAACACUGUGCCAUUAAACAGUCAAUUCCUCAUACUAAUACAUCGGAACCAAAGCAAUAGCGUUUGAAUUUCUCUCUGAUUAUUUUUAUGUAUUUUCAUAUAAAUGACUUUUUUUCUCACUGCUUUUAGCUUAUCUUUGCAUUGUGUACAGGCUGACUAUUUUCUAGUGAACCACCUGACUACAAGGUUGUUUCGAAUACCUCAAGUUAUUAUUUGUUG